AUGACGUUUAUACAAUACAGUAUUCUCACCCUUCUAUUUUUAGUGCUAGCUGAUGGCCUUAUCCUACCGCCUAGCUUGCAGUCAUUAGAAGCUACAACACCUCAGCCGCUAAUAAAACGACAAUCCCAGCGAAAGGCAGAGAUAGUCGGUGGUAAAAUUGGUAAAGGAAGCAAGGAGUUUUGUAAUGGUUCUCAGGUGCAGAGGAUCAUUGCCGACCUGAAAUGGAUGCAUGAACUUGCUGGUGCUGCGUCUGACUUUUUACUCCAACCUAACUCUCAUACCACUGCAGCGUAUGUUGCAUGGUUUGGAGAAUCCUCUGCCGCUAGGGCGACAGAGAUCGGGAAUCAAGUCUUCAAAAGUAUAUGGAAUAUGGGCCGACGGCCUGUGACCUAUGCCGAGAGUGUCGAGGACGGUAGUUAUAAUGGUAUAGUUUUUGGCUGCUUUCCCCAAGAUCCACGGUACUGUAAAGCAGACACCUAUGCUGUCGCUCGUGACAACCGGUACAGCUAUGUAAUGGUUUGCCCGAGUUACUUUGGCCUUAGUCAAAGGUACACAGAAGCAUUUGAAUCUUGGAGGGAUAGGCGGAAGGAUAUAGAAGUUGGUGGACAGAUUCUACUACACGAAAUGCUACAUCAACGUAUAGUAGUCGGAACAGACUAUUACGCUUAUGAUUACGCUUACCACCCGGACAGCUGUUUGUCUCUCCCGGAUUGGAAGAAGAAAGGGAAUGCUGAAAACUAUGCUCUUUUUGCUUUGGAAGUUAAAGCUAAUUUAGAACGAGCAAAACUUCAGGUUGAUUUAAAGGCGCCAGAGGGAGCAGGUGAGAAUGCAAAGAGCCUAUUAAAACCUAGUAGUUAA